GAUGUCGCGCGCUCACGUUAGCGUGUUUGAAACACACGCACUGCUGAAAUGUGAUUUUUUGUAAACAAAUUAAUUUUAUUUUCAUGUCUUUGUUGUAAAAAUGUUUUCUUUCAAUCAGAGCUGCUGGUUUAUCCGGAAGGUGGUCAGAUGGAGAGCUAUAGCCAGUAUAGCGUGGUCAGUGUUGCUGCUGCCUCCCAUCACCUCACUCCUCAUCUUUAUCAUCAGAUUCAGUGUGUUUCACCCCACACACUGGCUCUCGGGAUGUUUGGGUGUGCUGACCGAGGCAAGUACACUCUUCUCCAUGUUCCUCCUCUGUUCAGCUGUUAUUCUCAUCGCCUUCUUCAACCUGCAGUAUUACACGGUGGUUCCCUCCAUCCCGUGUUCCCGAGUGGCUCUCCUGGCUGAGGUUCUUCACCCUGGUCAGUGUCUUCACUCUCUGGUGCACUGCGCAGUGGGGAUGCUGGUGAUGUGGUGUGUGUGUGUUAUGGCUGGAGGACGCUAUCACACACUCCACACACCCUGCACUCACAGUGAGAGUGGCGGUCCUGAUCUCUGCCUGAAUGAGUAUCACCUCUUCAUGCUGCUGGCCGGAGCGUUUAUGGGCUACUCUCACAGUUUAUUGGGCAUGGUCCAGAACAUCCACUACGUCUCCUUCCACAUCAUACAGCAAUAUAAGUACAUGCGCUUUAAAGGCUCCGCCUGGUGGCUGGUGAAGUGCAGCGCGGUCCAGUCUUUAUACUCGGUCAGGAACUACAUCAUCCUCUACUUCCUGUUCGGACGUGUCCCCAGGACGUGGAUCUCCCACACACUGAAUCUGCAUGUGGACAGCUCUGUUCAUUCUCUGGACUCGUUUGGCGGUCUGUGUGAUGUGUCCUUGUUCUAUCAGCUGUGGGUCAGUGGGAUGUUCCUGCUGCUGACCUGGUACCUGACUGUGCUGCUCUUCAGGAUCUUCAUCACUGAGCCCUACAGGUUUCCGGUGCAGUCGUUGUUCUCCGAGGACGCAGAAGAGUGUCUUCCUAAAGUCCUGACUGAAAACAGCGUCCUGGUCAUGAAGUUUCUAGCGCUGCAGGAUCUGGCGCUGCUUUCCCAGCAUUCCCCUUCCCGCAGACAGGAAGUCUUCAGCCUCAGUCAGCCAGGUGGUCACCCUCAUAAUUGGAAUGCUGUGAGUAAGGAGUGUGUGUCGCUGCUGAGUGAGUUAACACAGCGCCUCGUCGCUCAUCACGAUGUGGUGGCGUCUAAUGGCAGAACCAAACCUCCGUCUGACAGAAGUGACCCCAGAUCCAGCUCUUCAUCCUGCUCGGUGACGUCAGGGACGGAGGAUCUUCCUGACUCUCCUCACCGCAGUGCUCUGACCCGGACCCCUGCUUCGGUGUUUGGUUCUGCAGUGAAGGGUGUGAACUCGCCCCUGACUGCCCCAUUCACCCCCGACCUGACCGCACCGUUCUCCAGCCCCGCCCUCAGACCCCUGCUCAGCCCACAGGUGGCCCACAGACCCUGGUUGGGUUCGGUCCAGAGUCCUCAUGUCACCCGGAGGAACCCCAAACUGUGGAGCACAUCCACCGACUCGCAGACUAAUGGGAGCCCAGCUCCGUCUCCUGACCCCGCCCCUAAACCUGCAGAACAACAGAAACCCAGCUUUCUGUCCCAGUGGCUCCAGAACAGGAAGGAACAGGUGAAGGGUUUCUUGGCAAAGCGUGUGCUGGUUGUGUAUUUAUUUAAUAAGCUGCCCGAGGCGUCCAGUCAGGCUCUGUUUGCUGAUAGCCAGGCACACAUCUGGGCUCUGGAAGGAUUGUCUCAUCUGGUAGCUGCUUCAUACUCUGAGGAUAAGUACGGAGUGGUGCAGACUACAUUACCCAGCAUCCUCAGCUGCAUGCUGUCUCUGCAGGAGGCAGUGGACCGUCACUUUAAACUGCCCCAUGCCUCGAGUAAGCCGGGGAAGACGUCCUACAGUUUGGGCGACUCGGCCUAUAAAACCCUGCGCUUUGCUCUGAGAGCCACUCUGAAAACCGCCAUCUACAGGAUCACCACCACCUUCAGAGAGCACUUACAUGCGGUCAGUAUUCCAGUGGAGCAGCAGAAGAGACUUCAGCAGUUCCUGGAGUAUAAGGAGUAGCACUUUCUCCACAUGCUUCAGCUCUGAGGAACCCAGAUGUUCUCUGAGGAACUCGCUGCUCGCUCAGAUGGUCAGAUUUGUUCUGUCCUGCUUCCUCCUUUUGGCUUCGUCCUCCUCCUCCUUCCAUCUUCACGCUGAACUCACGACUGCAUCUGAAGGUGGUGGUGAUGAUGAUGAUGGUCACAUUUAUUAAACUUUGGGUUUGCUAGAUUUAUUUAGAAAAAAAAAAGAAUUAAAUAAACUUUUCUACUCUGUUCUUUUUCUCGGUUUGUUCAGUCACUCGUUCUGACAUUUUAAUAGGAACACUGCUGUGAAAGUUCACAAACAUCGAUUCAAAUAAAUAA